ACAUGGGAAUCAAGCCUGAGACUCAUACUGAGCAAGUCUUCAAGGCCCCUUAUGUGGCCGAUGGAACACACCCAGUUCCUGUAACCAACUUCUUGAACGCACAGUACUUCUCCGAGAUCUCACUCGGUACUCCUCCUCAGUCCUUCAAAGUUGUUCUCGACACCGGAAGCUCCAACCUUUGGGUGCCGUCUUCCGAAUGCAGUUCCAUUGCCUGCUACCUCCACACGAAGUAUGACUCAUCGUCAUCUUCGACAUACAAGAAGAACGGAUCCGACUUCGCCAUCCGCUAUGGUUCUGGUUCUCUCGAGGGAUUCGUCUCCCAAGACACUUUCCAGAUUGGAGAUCUAAAGGUCAAGAAGCAGGACUUCGCCGAGGCCACCUCCGAACCUGGCCUUGCGUUUGCCUUUGGCCGAUUCGAUGGCAUCAUGGGCCUUGGUUACGACACCAUUAGUGUCAACGGCAUUGUCCCCCCAUUCUACAACAUGAUCGAACAGGGCCUCUUGGAUGAGCCCGUAUUUGCUUUCUACCUUGGUGAUACCAAUGAUCAGAAGGAAUCCGAGGCGAUUUUCGGAGGUAUUAACAAGGAUCACUACACUGGUGAGCUCGUCAAGAUUCCCUUGAGGCGCAAGGCCUACUGGGAGGUUGAUUUGGAUGCCAUCACUUUUGGCGACGAGACAGCAGAGAUGGACAACACCGGUGUCAUUCUUGACACUGGUACUUCCCUCAUUGCUCUUCCUUCUACUAUGGCAGAGCUACUGAACAAGGAGAUUGGCGCAAAGAAGUCGUUCAAUGGACAAUACACUGUCGAGUGUGAUAAGCGUGAUGGCCUGCCCGACCUGACCUUUACGCUCACCGGCCACAACUUCACCAUUAGUGCUUACGACUACAUCCUCGAAGUGCAAGGGUCUUGCAUUUCUGCCUUCAUGGGUAUGGACUUCCCCGAGCCCGUUGGUCCCCUAGCCAUCCUCGGCGAUGCUUUCCUGAGGAAGUGGUAUUCCGUCUACGAUGUCGGCAACAAUGCCGUCGGUUUGGCCAAGUCAAAGUAA